GUCGCUCAGAUAUUUUCAUGCACAUUCAAAAACAGGUCGGAGUAAUUGUCUCCGUUUUGGUUUCAGUAUUUUCUGGAGGAUUUUUCUCCGGCAAAUGACGUUUGAUUCCGGCGAUCUGAGGCCGAGCCUCGUUAUUGAGAAGAAGAAUGAUCGCAGCAGAAGAAGACUGAGAGUCCGGCGUCUCAAGUACACGUGUCGAAGAAAGAUCCCGCUGGACCAGGAACACGGCUCCGGAGAUCGUCAAACUGAGAAGGAUGAUGGAAGUUCUAUGAAGAUAUUAUCGGUGUCGUUCUCGGCGGCCUCUGAAAACGACAGCGUAUUGUUGAGUUAUGGAGGUGAAGUGAGCGAAGGGAGUGGGAGGAGUAGCUACGGCGUCAUUUCGGUGGUGGGGAGGAGGAGGGAAAUGGAGGAUGCGGUGAGCGCGGAGGUAGGGUUUGCGGUUGACGGGAAAUACGACUUUUACGGGGUGUACGAUGGGCACGGUGGGUCCGCCGUGGCUAGGCUUUGCCGGGAGAGGUUACAUGAGGUGGUGGCGGAGGCGGUUGAGAGGGAGGUGGCGAAGGGAGUGAAGGAGGUGGUUGGUUGGGACAGGGUGAUGGAGGGGUGUUUUGGUAAGAUGGAUGAGGAGGUUAGUGGGAUCUCAGUAGUGAAGACGGUCGGGUCUACGGCGUUGGCUGCGGUGGUGACGGAGGAGCAGGUUGUGGUGGCCAACUGUGGUGAUUGUAGAGCAGUGUUGUCGAGAUUAGGCGGUACUAUUGCGUUGGCCUUGUCUAUCGAUCACAAGCCUGAUAGAGAAGAUGAAUCGGAGAGAAUUGAAAGUGCCGGAGGGAGGGUUAUCAAUUGGAAUGGAAGCCGUGUUCUAGGGGUCCUUGCUACCUCCAGAUCCAUAGGUGACCAGUACCUGAGACCAUACGUGAUAUCGAAACCGGAAGUAACGGUGACGAAUCGAACAGAUGAGGAUGAAUUCCUCAUCUUAGCGAGUGAUGGACUAUGGGAUGUCAUAUCCAAUGAACUUGCAUGUCAAGUUGUGAACAAGGUCUUUCGCAGAACAACAAUAACGAGAAGGAUUAUUGAUCAUGAUCGUGAUCAUUUGCUCCUAAAUUAUGAAAAGCCGCUGGACAGUGGUUCUAGUAGUAAAACAUCUGAGGCAGCAACAUUGUUAGUUGACCUAGCUAUGGCUCGGGGAAGCAAAGAUAACAUUAGUGUCAUUGUAGUCGACCUCAGAAAGUGGGCUGCUACCUAGCUAUCAGUUUAUCUAGCUAUAUAUAUGCUUUCUGAUAAUCAUCUUGAAUUUUUUGUUUUGGUGCCAUUUCUUGUAUAGAAGUUUCAAAUUGAAGUUGAUUUUCAAUUCGUACUUGAGACACGUUA